UAUAUAUUCCUAGACUUCUGAAAUAUACAAAUCUUCCUGGACUUAAUUGGUGGAGCAUUUAUUUCAGAAUAUAUCCGGCAUCACCAACUAAUUCAUAUCUAAAUGAUUUGUAUAUUUUUACAGAUAUAUACCUCCUCAUAUAUCUGUAAAAAUAAAUGAGAACCUCCAUACUUAGAUAUGAAUUAGUUGCUGAUGCCAGAUAUGUUCUGAAAUAAAUGCUCCACCAAAUAAGUCCAGGAAGAUUUGUAUAUUUGGUAGUAAUGUUAUUAUGGCCAAAUCAGUAGUAGCAGUGGGCGGUUGGAUGCAGCUGUACUGGUUGGCAGUCACUUUCCGUGUUCAUACCUUUUUUUUUGGGUUUCAAAAAACAUCUGUGUUCAUGUCUCAAUAUAUCAGUACCACUGAGAUUCGGCUAAAGUUGAAACAUCUGUGUUCAUAUCUCAAUAUAUCUCACCUAUUUUAGAGGAUACAAUUGUGAUAUACUAUAAAACAUUUCCUUUUGCUUGGAGUAGUUUUUUGUACCGGUGCAACAUAUUUCACACAGAUAAAGAAUUGGUUAUGUUUAGAAAGAAACAAGAGACAGUGUAUAGAACGCGUUCACAAAGACAGGGUGAAGCACUGAAAUUUGACUAUAAAACUAAGCCCCCAUUCUGUAAAAACUACACACAGAUUGAAGGAAAUCAGAUACAUGAAGAAAUAAGCUUCCUGCAACCUGGUAAGUUCCCUCUUGUUUUUCUCACAAAUUCUAAUCUGGUUUCUGUUCUUAGAAGUACAUAGCUUUGCAUACCGUAGAUUUGUAGAGAGGUAAGUUCCUUCUCGCUUGUCACAAAUUCUAAUAUGUUUUCUGUUCUUAAAAGUACAUAGCUUUGAAUACCGUAGAUUGGAGAGAGGUAAGUUCCCUCUCGCUUGUCACAAAUUCUAAUCUAGUUUCUGUUCUUAGAAGUACAUAGCUUUGAAUACCGUAGAGUAGAGAGAGAAAAAAACUUGUUUCUUGCUUUUGAAAUCCUGAAAUCCACCAUCUAAAGAUCUAGACUUUGUUGUAAGCUUUUUCUAAUCAGAUCUACAUGGGACUUGGUGGUUUACAGGAGGUUUAGACGUUCUUGUAAGCUUGUGAUUAUCAGAUCUCUGUGAAAUUCUAGCGAUUUAUUACAGGUUUUUGCAGGUUCAUGUAUGUUUUGUGUGGUGCCAUCGCCAAUGCCAUUUUUUCAAUUUUUUUCCCCACACAGGUUUUGUCUGCAAGAUUCGAACGGAGGAAGGUGGUGAAAUCCGCCGACCUGACCUGCCUACCAUGGGAGACGCCAACGAGAACCCGGCCCAGCAAGGAGAUGCCAACGAGAGCCCGGCCCGUCAAGGCCUUCCACCUCGCCACCUCAUCAUCCCCUACGCCAUCGCCGCUGCCAUGGCGAUCCGGCCCAUUCGCCUUGCCAGCCAGGACCGGCUUCUCGGCGGUGGUGGCGGGGCGGCAGCCCAGCAGCCUCCGACCCAACACGCCAUCCCGGCCUAGAGGCGCCUGCCCAGCCGCAAUCCCUGGAGCCGCAUCGUCCCGUCACUCCUCCCUGACGGCGAGAGCUACCACAUCAUUGACACCAGCUUCACUUCCGAAGAAUCACAAGUGCCUGCACCGCCACCGCCGCUCCUCGUCUCCACCGCGCGCCGCCCCGCGGCGCCGUCGAUGACGCCCAUCGCCACCACAUUCGUGUGGCCUGUGCCCCCGUGCAGGUGGACCGUGUCGUCGGCCACCGGCCGCUACCGCUUUGGCUAUGGUUACGGCGGUGCGAGCUCAUCCUCUACUGCGCCCGCUGCUCCUACUAUCACGCGGGGGCCUACUCCUCUUCUUCUUCUUGUCGUGCCGUCUGUACCUGCUCCUCUUGUUCCUGCACCGCCCGCGCCUGCUCCUCAUCUUGUUGUGCCACACGGUGGGUGGACCGUAUCACCGACCACCGACAACGACCGCUUCGGCGAUGGUGGUGCGAGCUCGUCGACUGCUGCGCCGCUCACACCCAUUGCUCAUUCUGCACCGCCCGAGACUACUCCUUAUGUUCCUGCACUGCCCGUGCCUACUCCUUCUACUGUUGCGCUGGUCGGGUUGACAGUGUCACCGACCACUGCCCGCUAUAGCUUCAGCUACGGUGGAGCGAGCUCGUCGUCUGCUAUGCCGCGUGCGCCCACUGCUUCUCUUGCACUGCGCGCGCCACCUCAUCUUCGUGCGCCGUGCGGGCUUGCUCCCCCUGUUCCUACGCCACCCGCGCUUGCAACUCAUGUUCCUAUGCCGCCCGCGCCUGCUCCUCCUGUUCCUACACCGCCCGCGCCUACUCCUCCUGCCGAUGUGCCACCCAGGUUUACUGUGUCAUCGACCACCAUCUGCCACAACUUCGGCUAUGAUGGAGCGAGCUCGUCGUCUACUAUGCCACGCGUGCGCUCUACUUCUCUUUCACUACGCGCGCCUGCACCUCAUCUUCGUGCGCCAUCGUGCACGCUUGCUCCUCCUGCUCCUACGCCACCCGCGCCUACCUUUCAUGUUCCUACGCCGCCCACGCCUGCCACUCCUGCUCCUCCUGCUGAUGUGCCGCCCGGGUUUACUGUGUCACCGACCACCACCUGCCACAGCCUCGGCUAUGAUGGAGCGAGCUCGUCGUUUGCUACGCCACGCAUGCGCACUAUUUCUCUUGCACUACGCGCGCCUGCACCUCAUCUUCGUGCGCCGCGCACGCUUGCUCCUCCUGCUCCUACACCACCCGCGCCUGCAACUCCUGUUCCUAUGCCGCCCACGCCUACCCGUCUUGUUCCUACGCCGCCCGCACCUGGUCCUCCUGCUGAUGUGCCACCCAGGUUUACUGUCUCACCGACCACCACCCGCCCCAGCUUCGGCUACGAUGGAGCAAGCUUGUUGUCUGCUACGCCACGCAUGCACACUACUUCUCUUGCACUGCGCGCGCUUGCACCUCAUCUUCAUGUGUCACGCGCGUCCGCUCCUACUGUUCCUACACCGCUCGUGCCCGCCCCUCCUGUUCCUACGCCACAUGCGCCUGCUCCUCCUGCUGAUGUGCCGCCUGGGUUUAUUGUGUCACUGACCACCGCCCGGUACAGUUUCGACUAUGAUGGAGUGAGCUCGUCAUCUAGUACGCCACAUGUGCCCACUACUUCUCUUGCACUGCGCUCACCAGCACCUCAUCUUCGUGUGCGGCACAUGCCUGCUCCUCCUGUUCCUACGCCACCCGCGCCUGCUCCUCCAGUUUCUACGCUGCCCUCGCCUGCCCCUUCAGUUCAUACGCCGCCCGUGACUGCUCCUCCUGCUACUGCGCCGCCCAUGAUUGCUCCUCCUGUUGCUACGCCGCCCGACAGCGCAAGCUCGCCAUCUACUGUGCCGCGCAUGCCCAGUGCUCCUCUUGCACUGCGCGCGCUUGCGCCUCAUCUUCGUGCACUGCGUGUAUCUGUUCCCCAUCCUCGUGCGUCAUCCGCACCAGCUCCUCCUGUUGCUGCACCGCGCGGGUGGACCGUGUCACCGACCACCGCCCGCUACAGCUUCAGCGACAGCGGCGCGAGCUCGUCGUCCGCUGCGCCGCGCGCGUCCACUGCUCCUCUUGCACUCCACGCACCUGCUCCUCAUCUUCGUGCGCCGCCCGUGGCUACUCCUCCUCCUGCUGCACCUCGUGGGUGGACCAUGCCAACGACCAUCGGCCGCUACAGCUUCAGCUAUGGUGGCGUGAGCUUGUCGUAUGCUAUGCCGUGCGCGCCCACCGCUCCUCUUUCACUGCGCUUGCCUGCUCCUCAUCUUCGUGCGCGGCGAGCGCCCACUUCUCCACCUGCUGCUGCUACGCCGCGCGCGCCUACUCCUCCUGCUGCUGCUGCCGCCGCCCCAGCCGCGCCUCCGGCGCUGCCGUCCGGGCUGCCUUCCUGGCCGGUGCUGGUUCGUCCACCGACUGGGCCAGCGCGGGCGCGACUGGUGCCCGCCGCGCCGGCGGGGGCGUUCGAGGAGUACCUCGUGCAGCGCCGCGCGAUCGAGGCUACGGUCGACGAUAUGCCAUGGGAGAUGAUCGGCAGCAGCAGGAGAACUGGUGGACCCAUGUUUGCGGUGGCAGGUGGUGGCCGCGACAGGGUGGAGCUGGAGGCCAGGGAGCGUCGCAAGAACAGGAUGGACAAGAGUAAGACCGCCGCCGCCUCUCGCGCCCAGCAGCCACCGCCGCCGGCAGAUGCUCCGGGGAGCUCAGGUGGCGGUAGCAAGAAGCGUGGAGGUGGGAUGAAGAAGAAGCAAGCUUAAUCAUCAAGAAGCUGGAUUGUUCGUCGUCAAUCCAUUUGGUGCCGAAGAUUUCGUCUGCAUCAUUUCCGUUUCAACGAAUAAUUUAGCCAUGUCGUUUCCUGACUCGGCGUGUGGCUCUGUGAGCCUUAGGGAGCUUUGCUCCAUUGAUGUUGUUGUGCAUGCAAUUCUUGCAUGGGUCGUCGAACUAUGUUUCUGGAGUUGUUUGUGUUAAAGUCCCAAACUUAUGUUGGGUUUCAUUUAUUCUCGGUCGAAUCAUGCUUGUGUAACAUCAUGAUUUGUUUGGUUUUCAACAAUUUAUAGCAAUUUAAAA